GGUCAGGGCCAGUUUUCCUUUAUCUCUGUAACUUACUUCUACGUUGUCUUCUAGUUGCCUGCUUGAAUUGGUCGAAGCGGCCGCCGGCCGUCGAUUUUGGUGUGAUCCGGGAAGUUUUCACCGGGAAACAGGGCGACAGUCCUCUGAACUGACAGAGGAAAUAAUCUCCUAUUUCGAUUGCUAACCGGAAUGUGUGCUUUAUUUAGCUUCGGCCGCCGGAAUGAUGCCUGAUUUAAACCAGCCUAUCCCAUCUAGGGUUUGAUCUAAGCUAGGGUAUUUUUCGUUUGCCUCUCGCCAAAAUGAGAUUAUGCCCCGCAAUGCCCUGGCCGAGCGGCUUCGAAUUAGGUUUAGCAUCUCUAGCUUUCCGCAAGAAGCGUUGCAAGCCCUAAUCUUAAUUCCGUUGAUUUUGGUUAAGUUAUUUUGUUUUGGUAUGUUCACUGUUCACUGAGACAUGUCGCCGCUACCCCUUCUGCCGACGUCCAGGGUUGACCUCGGCGAGCUGAAGUCACAGUUAGCUAAGCGGCUUGGGGCCGUGAGAGCCCGCCGCUACUUCGACUACCUUCAAAGGCUGCUGUCCCAGAAACUAAGCAAGUCUGAGUUUAACAAACUCUGUUUUUUGACACUUGGUCGAGAGAACUUGCCACUCCACAACCAACUCAUCCGUUCUGUUUUAAAGAAUGCUUGCCAGGCUAAGGUCCCGCCUCUUCAGAGGAAGCCUGUGAAAAGGGAAAAUGGUUUGGAUCCACCGAAGCCUCACAAUUGGGCCAAUGGAGAUAUCCUGCUUCCUCCUCAUUGUGUCUGCGGCCCCAAUGAAAGGGCAAAUAUUGCUAUUCAACAAGAUGGUGAGCUGGGCUCCUAUGAUCUGGAGAGACGAGUAGAAGUUCAAGGUAGCCAGCAGACAGAGCAGCAUGUGAAGUGGUGUAGGCCAAGUAGCAAUGGCAAAGAGGAAGUGGUUAUGAAGGAAAAUGGGGAGACUUUGGAGCACACAGAUGAUCGGAAUAAGCGUCUAAGUCCUCUUCAGGCGCCACUAGGGAUUCCAUUUUGUCAGGCAAGAGUAGACAGGACGAGAAGAUAUUUACAAUGGGCAGGACGUGCUAACAUUGAUAGAUUUAGGAGUUGCUUGGAUAAUGGUGAGCUGUGCCAUACUGAAGAUUUGAGAAAAAGGAUGGAGUGUGUUGCGGAAAUACAAGGCAUGGGAGUAGCGGCAGAUUGUGCUGUUUUAUUGAAUAAUGGAUUGGAUACUUAUUUGAAGCGGCUAAUUAAGUCAUCUAUUGAGUUAGCAGCAGCAAGGGUGAAUUGUGAAACAAUAAAGCAGCCGCUCCACCUGCAGGAAGCUCAUGGAAAGCUCAUAAAUGGUGGUGUUUGGUUGGAUAACCCCACAAACGUGCCAAGGUGUAACAUGGAUUUGGAGUUGCAGGAGAGGACCUGCUGCUUGAUAUCUCUGCAGGAUUUUACAGGUGCAAUGGAGCUGAACCCGCAGCAACUUGGGGCAAAUGCGCCCUUGUUACUGGAGAAGAUACGUCUCCAUUCUUUGACAGAAUAAGAAGAGGCUACAUUGUCUUUUGUUUGGUUCAAACUACUAUUGGGUCUGCCUUCUAUGUCAGCGAGCAGACCUGUGUAAGCCAGCAUGGGUUUAUUACAUUCAACAUCCUAUGGGGAUAAGAACACAUAUUCUUCUAUAUCAGAUUGAGAAGGAGAAAUGAGUUCUUACCACAGUUUGGUCCGUUCAUUGUAAAAAAUGUGUCCAUCCAUAAUGAGGAAACUAAAAUCACGAUUUUGCAGGGUUGUCUUAUGUAACAUACAUGUUUUUGUUUCAUUUCUGCAAAUUGUGGUAAAUGCAUUGUCAAUUAAUAAAAGUUCUUAGGUGUUUUUUUUUUCA